AUGCGCGUGGAAGGCGGGCGCGGGGGCAGCCGAAGCUUCAGCUCCACCACCACCGCCACCAGCACCACCAACAGCAGCAGCAGCAAGAAGAAAUCAUCAAAGCCCGACCCUCCCCGCGACCGCCCCUUCAUCGAUCGCCUGCGCGUGCGCGUGGAAGGCGGGCGCGGGGGCAGCGGGUGCUCCUCCUUCCGCAAGUCGCGGCACGCGCGGCACGGGGACCGCGACGGGGGCAACGGGGGCGAGGGUGGGGGGGUCACUUUCAUUGCCUCGGCGGCUGUGAGGCAUCUGGGGAAUGUUGAUAGGACAGUGAAGGGGGGCGCGGGCGGGCAUGGAUCGAGUAAGAAGCGGGUGGGGGCGAAAGGGGUGGAAAGGGAGGUGAGGGUGCCUGUGGGGACUGCGGUGUAUUUGCUGGAAGGGGAAGUUGUCCUGGGGGGUAUUGGGGAUGAAUCUGGUGGUGGUGGCGCUGCUGGUGAUGCUGGUGAUGCCAGUGCUGCCAGUGCUCCCGUUGCUGCUGCUGUUUCUGCACCAACAGCUGCUGCUGGUAGCAGCAGCAUGCCUGCCUCUCCCCCCUGGUGGGCGGCUCUGUUCGAGUCCUCCAAGGCGGAUCAGGAGGAGGAACGGAUGGGGGAGCGAAUGGAGGGGAAGGAAGUGGAGGGAGAGGGGGAUGGAGAGGGAGAAGGGGAGGGGGAGGAGAGGAAGGUGAGAAGAAGAGUGAACAGAGACUCGUACUGGCAGCAGCUGCUGCAGCAGUGGGGUGAGGAGAGGUACGGGCAGAGGCGAGCUCGGGCCGAUGAAGGGGGCAAUGGGAGAGAUUGGGAUGAGGGGAGUGAGAAUGACAGUGUGUUACAAUCCCAUGGGAUGGCACAUAAGAGGGCGCAGGAGCGAGGUGUGUUGGUGGCCGAUCUGGUGGAGGAAGGGCAGAGCGUGACAGUGGCGGUUGGAGGGCCGGGCGGUAGGGGGAAUGCCUCCAUGGGACGAGUGAAACCGUGGGAGAUGGAGACGGAAGAAGAAUUGGAUUCGUCGCACGGGAAGGGCAAUGCAAGGUGCAGGGCGGUGCAGGGCGGUGCAGGGGCAGCAGCAGCGGCAGUGGCAGAGUCUGGCUUAGGGCAUGAGAAGGGCAGCCCAGGGAGCAGGGCGGUGGUGGCAUUAGAGCUCAAAACAGUGGCGGAUGUGGGGUUGGUGGGGCUGCCGAAUGCGGGUAAGAGCUCCCUCCUGCGCGCCCUGUCCCGCGCCAAGCCUAGAGUGGGCUGGCAUCCCUUCACCACUCUGCACCCGCAGCUGGGUUCUGUGAUGGGCGGGGGAGAGAGUGCGUGGGAGGGAGAGGACGGGGUUGGGGGAGGGAAAGCAAUGGGGGAGGGAGAGGCGAGGGGUGACGACGCGUGGAACGGAGAGAGGGGGGAGGAAGAGGAGGGGGAUGAGAUUGUGUGGGGAGAAGAUAGGGGAUUUGCAGGAGGGAGUGGAGAGAGGGGGUCGAAGUGGGAUUUGGAAGGAGAGAUGGGAUUCACAGUGGCAGAUAUCCCGGGCCUGAUAGGCGGCGCACACAGGGACAGGGGGUUGGGGCUGUCCUUUGUAAGGCAUGUGGAGCGCACUAAAGUGAUUGUCUACGUCCUCGAUAUGAGCGGCUCCAAUACCAGUACUGUUUCAAGUGAACCUCAUGCGAGCGAGCCUGGCGCAUGUGAAGCUAGCGCAACCGAACCUACCACUACCGAACCUAGUGCUACCGAACGUAGUUCAGUGUCGGCAGGGGCCCUCCCUCCCUGGCAGCAGCUGCAGGUGCUGGUGAGUGAGCUGGAGCGGUAUCAGCCAGGGUUGUCCCUGCGCCCUGCUCUCAUUGCCGCCAAUAAGAUGGACGAGGAUGCUGCAGAGGGCAAUUUGACUGAGCUGAGAAGGCGGCUGAGAGGCGGAGGUGAAGGGGUGGAUGUGUUGUUGCCAGUGCCGGUGGUGCCGCUGUGUGCAAUUCUGGUGGAGGGGGUGCCUGAGAUCAAGGGGGUUCUAAGGCGCUUGGUAUGGGGGGAGUUGGGUCUGCCAGUGCCAGUGGUGCCGCUGUGUGCUGUGCUGGGCGAGGGAGUGCCUUACCUCAAGAGGGCUUUAAGGCACAUGGUGUGGGGAGGGGAGGCAGGGGCGGGUAGGGAAGGAAUGCUACACUGCUGCGCCACAUGUGCCUCGCACCCCUCUGCAGCUUCCCUCCAAGUGCUUCCAGUACUGCUGAGGGUGUGUGCUGCGCUGGGGGAGGGGGUGUCUGGGCUGCGCUGGGGGAGGGGGUGUCUGGGCUGCGCUGGGGGAGGGGGUGUCUGGGCUGCGCUGGGGGAGGGGGUGUCUGGGCUGCGCUGA